AUGGCUUCAGAUGGCGUCUGUUGUAAAGUGGCUUGUCUGUUUCCUCGUUUCGAGUCAUAUCAAAUUGUCAAACUAUAUCUCAUAAUUCUUCACAUUCUUGAUUUGAUUGCUGAUACUUUCAAGAAUACUGCAGCCUGCAGGCAGAACCCCCUAGGCAACUUUGUGUAUCAGAUAACCAGACAACCAAAUUCUUUGAAGCACCAUCGUCGUCAUCGUGACUUUGAAAUCAUGUACGGUUUUAUGUGGGUUAGAGAAGUAGCAUUUGCCGCCUUGCUAAAAUAA